AUGACCAAGCUGUGUCAUCUUGGCCUCACGAAGGCACUUCGAAGCCGCAUAGAAGGUACAGGGAGAAAUCAGAAUAGCAACGUCUCAGUUCUUGGAGGGCGGUUUGGUCGUCCCGAGACGCAUCGAAGUCACGUGGAGGCUAGCGGUUCAUAUCUGGAAGGUCUUGGCGGCAUGAUCGCUGUUUCCGUGCUGCUUGGAAGCCGGGUGAAAGGCACAGGCGUGCUGUUUGUUCGCCGCCUCAUGAGCUCGCUGUGA